AUGAGUCAAUUUCAUAAAGAUGAUAGAGAUUUAGUGAGAAGAAUUUACAUUCAAAGAAAGCCUUGUCAGCCCAAAGACUUUACAUUUCCUCAAACUUCUAUUUUUGGCAAAAAUCGUCGCUUUUGUGCUAAGUGGUUUGAUACUUGGACUUGGCUUGAGUAUAGUGUGGAAAAGGAUGCUGCCUAUUGUUUCCCUUGUUAUCUAUUCAAGGAUGAAAAUGCCUUUGGAGGUGAUGCUUUUGUUAGUGAUGGUUUCAAAUCAUGGAAUCGAUCGGAUUUAAUAAGAAAACAUGUCGGUAAACACUUGAGUGCACAUAAUAAUGCUGUUUUAGCUAUGGAUUUGUUCAAGAAACAAAAUUCAAGCAUCACACAAGCCUUAACAAAACAAACCGCUGAGAGUACAAAUGCAUAUAGGACGCGACUUGAAGCUUCAAUUGAAUCUAUCCAAUGGCUUUUACUCCAAGGGUUGCCUUUCCGUGGUCAUGAUGAAAAAGAAAGUUCCUUAAGAAGAGGUAACUUUCUUUCACUUUUAUCCCUUAUUUCCAAAGGUAAUCCUGAAUAUUCUAAAGUUGUUUUCAAAAAUGCUCCUAGUAAUUGUCAACUUACUUCUCCUAAAGUCCAAAAAGAUAUCAUAAAUGCAUGUGCAAAAGAGACCACUAAAGCAAUGCUUGAAGAUAUUGAUGGUGGUUUAUUUUCUAUCCUUGCUGAUGAGUCCGCUGAUGUUUCUGACAAGGAACAAUUGGCUCUUUGUUUGAGAUAUGUUAAUAGAAAGGGAGAAGUGUGUGAGCGUUUACUUGGUAUUGUGCAUGUUGUAAACACUGCUUCUUUGACUCUCAAAACUGCUAUUGAAUCCUUAUUAAUGGAGCAUUCUUUGUCUUUCUCUCAAGUACGGGGUCAGGGUUAUGAUGGGGCAAGUAAUAUGCAAGGUUCUAUUAAUGGCCUUAGGACUCUUAUAGAGAAUGAGUGUAAAGAAGCUUAUUUUGUCCACUGCUUUGCUCACCAACUUCAAUUAACUCAAGUUGCACUUGCUAAAAAGAAUUCAGAUUGUGCUUGGUUAUUUGUUGAUGUACUUGCACCUCUCUUGAAUUUUGUGGGGGGUUCACCAAAAAGGAAAGAGUUUCUUCGUGAAAAUCAAGCUCAAAGAGUGGUGGAUGCAUUGUCUCUAGGUGAACUUGAAACGGGUUCAGGUUUAAAUCAAGAACGUGGAUUAGGUAGACCUUGUGAUACUCGUUGGGGAUCUCACUUCAAGACAAUCUUGAAUGUACUUGAUUUAUUCCCUGUAAUCCUUGGUUCUCUUGAGGAUAUUGCAAAAGUAUCUGAUACAAUAGAUUCUAAUAGAGCUUAA